CUGUCCUGUCCUGCCAAUCCUCCCUGUAGACACACGCGCAACCACCAACUUAUCUGCAUCACUCAUAUAUACCCAUAGAGUCAGAGCUGUCUGGUCGCUCAAAUAUCCGCUCUGAGCAGUUUGAUGUGCAAACGAGGGUCAGCCAAAAAAAGCACAGCUGCUGUUUACUCCAUCCAGAAUGAACCGAUUCUACGAUGACUCUAUUGGGUUCCGCAACGGGCGCGGAGGAGGCGGGGGCGGCGGGCCUGUAUUUCCGGACCUAUACGGCUACGGAGGAGGAGGAGGAAUGAUGCCCAAUCCAUACGACGAGCCAGACUUUAUGAAUCAAUACAGCCCCGUGGGACUGGAUCCGGGAGGUUGGGGAGCAGCAGGCCCGCAUAUGGGCAUGGCGGGCGGACAAGCAGCAUAUCAGAUGGGGAUGGGAUACCAUGGUGGAGGAUACCCGAAUGCGACGAUUGGGAUGAGCAUGGGCAUGGGCAUGGAAAUGGAUAUGGGAAUGAAUAUGAUGGCGUAUCCACCUGCGGGUGUACUCGGGACGUAUGACGGCGUGAAGGUCGGAAUGGGCGGCGUCGGUGUUGGAUACGGGAUGAAUGGUAUGAGGAUGAUGGGCGGCAUGAUACCCGGCGGACGAGACUACUCACUCGGCAACAAUGCUCGUGCGAAUGCAGCAGCUAUGCGCGGUAGCGCAUACGGCCCGGGAAUGGGCAAGCCCAUGCAGAUGCGGGGGUCUACUUGGCACGAUCGGCCGAACAACCUCAACACCGCUGCCGCAAACAUCGGACUGGCUACUCACAACAGCGGAAUGGGAAACAGCAUGGCCGGUCUUGGCAGCAACAGCAGCGACACCCACUCUCGACUACGUGUAGGCGGUUUUGACGGCCAGGAUUUUCUACCAGAACCGGAUGUAAGUCGGUUUGACGAGUACAAGCUGCGAUGGGAUGAGAGAACGGGGAAUGGGAUUGCGAAAGAAAAGACUGUCCAAGGCUGGGGCCCACAACCCGAGAUCAUUUUCGACCCACUCCUAAUGUGGCGUCGCACGCCUGACCCGCCGGGCGUCCCGGGUGUCGUCAGUUGCGCAGCUAGUGAAGUACCUCUUGUCACAAUCCCUGAAGAUAAGGUUAUCAAACCCGAGAACAGCGUUGCUGCGGUGCCUGACAUCAAGAACGAAAUGGUCGAGCAACCGACAGUGCAGGUAGAGGACGCCGUGAAGAUCAAAACCGAGCCCGGAUUACCACAACCGAAACCAAAACAGUCAAAGUCGACCCGCCCGACAGCAGCGGCUCUCAUUGACCGUGCGCGAGAGCGCGAUCAGUUCUACCGGGACAGCACGCGCACUCAAUCAACACCACAUCCGCACGUCCCGCCGGCUUAUGAUGAGGAGGCGGUUUCUGCUAUGCAGGCUUAUUUUGCUGCUGCGGACACCGGAUCCGGUGUAUCGACCCCACCCUCCACCAUGCAAGACGGCCGGGUGGGGAUAGACGAAACGCUGAUGGCCAAUGCGGACCGGAGCCUCUCAUCAGCGCCGUCGCGUCAUGACAGCACCCGUAUGGAUAGAAGCGGCGCUCAACGUUCUCCCAAUCCAAUCACAACACCAACGACAGCUGCAGCACACUCCAACCGCGACACCACCCUUACUCGUCCACGGCCCAUUUCCCAUCACCGCGACACCACCCUCACCACCAUCCCCCCACACGCCACACGAUCCCGCCCCUCCUCCACCCUCCCCAAUCCAGAACGAGACCGAACCCGAUCCCUAUCUCCACGCCCAUCCCGCUUCACUGACCACGAUAAAGGCACGGGGAAUACGUACGCGCGGAACAGCACGAGGAAGUACCGCGACGGGGAUGGCGUGUUGGGCCGUAGUGACAGUGAAAGAAGACGGAGGAGGAGGAGUCCUGGUAUGCCUAUGGAUGUGAAUGCAUACCGGCUCAGAGCCAUAGCGGCACUGGCAGAGGCGAGGGAAAGGGCGGUCGGGUCGUACCACGCGAGGGAGGAUGUGCGGAUAGAGGUGGAUACCGCUGAGCGAUCGACAGUACGGAAAUCGGCGGCAGAUUGUGGUAAUGCGAACGGGCCCGUAAGGAGAGAAGAAGAUGGGUUUGGUUUCGAGUUUGGGGAGGUUGGGGCGGCUGCUUCGCUGUUGUUUCGGAGGGAGAAUCGCUACGACGCCUGAAAAGCAUCGGCGUGAAUGCGAUACCGCCCGCUCAUUGAUUUUCGGAAAGAGGGCGAACUCCCCCAUUCUACUCGCCCGAAGAUAUCCCAACUGCGUAUACCACGCCCCGCGGCCUGCAUCGUGGUACCCUCACCUAGACAAAAGAUGGCGGAGGAAGUCAAAGGAGGCUUGGUUACCACAGGAUGCUGUGGCGAACCCCUGUCACACCCCUGUCACACCAGCAUCGAGAACAGCUGCACGAAACCUUUUUCUCUGGUGGACCUUGAGAUA